AUGGAUCUGUAUGAGGAUUACAAAUCCCCCUUCGAUUUCAAUGCUGGAGUGAACAGAAACUAUCUGUACCUGUCACCUAGCAUAAACCUUUCUCCACCUGGAUCACCUACACUGGCAAAGUCUGGGCUGCUGAGAAGUGACUCUAUACCUGAGGUGGGAGAGGAUGCUGCUGCCACAAUUGGUAUGGAAGGCAUACUCUCGGAGGAAGAACAAGACGAGCUAAGAAAAGAGCUUGCUAAGGUGGAAGAGGAAAUCCAGACACUCUCACAAGUGCUAGCUGCCAAGGAGAAGCAUCUAGCAGAAAUCAAGAGAAAGCUGGGAAUUAACUCAUUGCAGGAACUAAGGCAGAACAUUACCAAAAGCUGGCAAGAUGUUACAUCAACUACGGCAUACAAGAGAACAUCAGAAACCCUGUCUCAGGCUGGUCAGAAGGCUUCUGCUGCAUUUUCAUCUGUUGGUUCAGUCAUAACCAAGAAGUUUGAAGAUGUCAGACUACAGGCAUUUUCACAUUCCUUUAGUAUACGCUCCAUACAACAUUCAAUUAGCAUGCCUAUUAUGAGAAAUUCUCCUACUUUCAAAUCCUUUGAGGAAAAAGUUGAAAACUUAAAG